AUGACUGAGAUUUCUACCAAAGCCGAGCACUUGUGUGUCCUGGUGCAUGGACUUUGGGGUAAUCCAAAAAACCUCGAGUAUCUAGAAUUUGCUCUCAGGCAGAAGCACAGCGAAGAGAUUUUGUAUAUUCUCCGAGCGAAAGACAACAGUGGAAGUUUCACAUACGAUGGGAUCGAACUCGGCGGAGAGCGCGUGGCGCAUGAGAUCGAGCAAACGCUGAUGACCUUGGAAGCAAAAGGCCAAAAAAUUACCAAAAUCAGUAUAGUUGGAUAUUCUCUUGGAGGGUUAGUGUCACGAUAUGCGAUCGGCUUACUUCAUUCCAGAGGCUGGUUUGAGAAAGUGCAACCCAUCAACUUCACCACUUUCGCUUCACCGCAUGUUGGGGCGAGAAUACAUCUCAAAGGACUCUGGAACUAUAUCUGGAACACAAUGGGAGCGAUCACGAUUUCGAUGUCUGGCCGCCAGCUCUUCAUGAUAGACUCCUUCCGAGACACUGGACGUCCACUUCUCAAUGUGCUGGCGGACCACGAGAGCAUCUUCAUUCAGGGACUGAAGAAAUUCCACAAUCGUUGUGUUUAUGCGAAUAUAGUACAUGACCGUACUGUUAAGUUUUACACCUCGGCUAUUUCCAAAACGGAUCCAUUCGGGAAUCUGGAAAACAUUAACAUCAACUAUGUAAAUGGCUAUCACCAAGUCAUUAUUGACUCUAAUAAAUGGCUACUACCAUUUAUGCCAAAAAAAGAGACCAUGUGGACGAAAACAAAAUCAUUCACAAGAAACCUGCCUUACAAUGUACUCGUCUUUCUUCUAGCCCCCAUCCUGGUGCCUCUCUAUCUCCUCAACGCUGUAAUUCAAACGCCUCGCAGUCGACAGCGGAUACGUCAACACGAAGAGGGGGACAACGGUUUGCUAUUUGGAAGGUAUAAAAUACCUUUACUAGUGCAGGAUGCUCAGAAUGUCCUGGAGGAGCUUUUUGAUACUGCGAAUGUGUAUCCGCGGCCUGACUAUCUCUCAACUAUCGAAGAAGUUGAAAUGUCCGAUUCGUCUACCCUCCAUGCAGCAUCAUUGACGGACAAAAAACUAGACGAGGUCAAUGAAUCGAUGGCUAGGUCAGACUUAUCGGCAAGCACAGAUUAUAUUGAUAUUGAUAUUGAGAAUUCUGGCGGCUGUCGACCGACACUUGAUUUGACCGACGAGCAGUUUUCGAUCAUUGACUCACUCAAUGCUGUAGGAUUCAGGAAACACCCGGUCCACAUCCAUCACCACCGGCGUGGCCAUGCAGCGAUGAUCGUCAGGAGGGAAAGCCACGGAUUUGAGGAAGGCAAGAUGGUUUUGAAGCAUUGGCUUGACAACGAAUUUGUAAUCUGA